AUGGCUCCCAAACAGGACACGCCCUUCCGCUCGGCGGAUAUGAGUAUGGUGCAGUUGUAUGUCUCCAACGAAAUCGGUCGGGAGGUCGUCACUGCCCUUGGUGAGCUUGGAUUGUGCCAGUUCCGAGAUCUCAACGAGGAUGUAAGCGCCUUCCAGCGAACCUUUACGCAAGAGAUCCGACGCCUUGACAAUGUGGAGCGACAGCUGCGGUAUUUUCAUGCUCAGAUGGAGAAAGCCGGGAUUUCUCUUCGCAAGCUCGAUUUGGACACGGAAAGACUAGCCUCUCCGUCCACAUCUGAAAUUGACGAACUCGCAGAGCGAAGCCAGAAGCUUGAACAACGAAUUUUUGCUUUGAACGACAGCUACGAGACUCUGAAAAAGCGAGAAGGCGACCUCACCGAAUGGAGGUGGGUUUUGCGAGAGGCUGGGAGCUUCUUUGAUCGCGCCCACGGCAACGUCGAGGAGAUUCGCGCCUCAAUGGACAACGAUGAUGCUCCACUUCUUCAGGACAUUGAGCAGCACCACGGUGCCCCUGAGGUUGAGCGAUCAUUUUCCGGCAUGAACAUUGGAUUCGUGGCUGGCGUCAUUACUAGAGAGCGUGUUGCGGCCUUUGAGCGUAUUCUUUGGCGAACACUUCGUGGUAACUUGUACAUGAACCAGUCCGAGAUCCCUGAGCCACUCAUCGACCCUACCAACAACGAAUCUAUCAACAAGAAUGUCUUUGUCAUCUUCGCCCAUGGCAAGGAGAUUCUGGCCAAGAUUCGAAAGAUCUCCGAAUCUAUGGGCGCUGAGGUCUACAGCGUUGACGAGAACAGCGAUCUUCGACGCGACCAAAUCCAUGAAGUUAACAACCGAUUGCAGGAUGUCCAGAACGUUCUGCGAAACACCCAGGCCACGCUGGAAGCCGAGUUGAACCAAAUCUCUCAGUCUCUUUCUGCGUGGAUGAUUCUCAUUGCGAAGGAGAAGGCGGUCUACAGUACUCUGAACCUGUUUUCUUACGACCGUGCCCGCCGAACCUUGAUUGCUGAGGCUUGGUGUCCCACCAAUGACAUGCCCUUGAUUCGAUCAACUCUUCAGGAUGUCACCAACAGAGCUGGCCUCUCAGUUCCCUCCAUCAUCAAUGAGAUUCGGACAAACAAGACACCUCCAACCUAUCUGAAGACGAACAAGUUUACUGAGGGAUUCCAGACCAUUGUUAACGCCUACGGUACUGCCAGUUAUCAGGAAGUCAACCCGGCCAUGCCGGUCUUUGUUACAUUUCCUUUCCUCUUUGCCGUCAUGUUUGGUGAUUUUGGCCACGCCAUCAUCAUGUUGUCAGCGGCUCUUGCCAUGAUUUACUGGGAGAAGUCGCUUAAAAAGGUGACGUUUGAGCUCUUUGCCAUGGUCUUUUACGGCCGAUACAUUGCCUUGGUCAUGGGCGUGUUCUCCAUUUUCACCGGUCUGAUCUACAACGAUGUGUUUUCAAAGUCUAUGACCCUCUUCCCCAGCGCCUGGAAGUAUGAGAAACCCGAUGGCUGGCAACCUGGCCAGACUAUCGAAGCGAGGCUAAACGACGACGGCUACCGAUAUCCCUUUGGUCUUGACUGGGCUUGGCAUAACACAGAGAACACUCUACUCUUCAGCAACAGCUACAAAAUGAAGAUGAGCAUCAUUCUCGGCUGGGCUCACAUGACUUACUCGCUCUGUUUCUCUUUCAUCAAUGCCAGGCAUUUCAAAAAGCCCAUCGACAUUUGGGGUAACUUUAUUCCCGGCAUGAUUUUCUUCCAGUCCAUCUUUGGUUAUCUGGUCGUAUGCAUCAUUUACAAGUGGACCGUCGAUUGGACCAACGAUGACCCGAACAUUGGUGGGCAGCCACCCGGCCUCUUGAACAUGCUCAUUUACAUGUUCCUCCAGCCUGGAAAAUUGGACAUUCCACUCUACAAAGGUCAAGCCACUGUCCAGAUCAUCCUCCUGCUUCUUGCCUUUGUUCAGGUCCCCGUUCUCCUCUUCCUCAAGCCAUUCUACCUCCGCUGGGAGCACAACAGGGCGCGCGCCAAGGGCUAUCGCGGUAUUGGCGAGACGUCCCGCGUUAGUGCAUUGGAUGGCGAUGAUGAGAACGAUGGUCUGGUCAACGGCCACGGCAAUAGCUUUGAUGACGAUGGCGAAGGCGUGGCUAUGAUCUCGCAGAAUAUUAACGAAGAGCACGAGGAGUUUGAAUUUGGCGAAGUCAUGAUUCAUCAAGUUAUUCACACUAUUGAAUUUUGCUUAAACUGCGUGUCUCACACGGCCUCGUACCUCCGUCUGUGGGCUCUAUCACUCGCCCACCAGCAGCUCAGCAUUGUGCUCUGGGACAUGACGCUCGGCCCUACCCUCAAGAUGUCUGGCGCCCUUGGUGUGAUUAUGAUUGUUGCUGGUUUCUACCUCUGGUUCUUCCUCACAAUUGCUAUUUUGGUCUGUAUGGAAGGCACCAGUGCCAUGUUGCACUCCCUCCGACUGGCAUGGGUCGAGUCCUUUUCCAAGUUCGCCGAGUUUGCAGGAUGGCCGUUUGCGCCGUUUUCAUUCAAUACGCUGUUGGAAGAGACGGAGGAACUGAAAGAGUUUUUGGGAUGA